AUGCAACAGUUCGAUCAGUUUGAUCAGUUUUUGGCCGACCAGGGCGUAUCGAGCUCGUCCGACAUCCGGCAAAUGGACGCGGACUUGCAGCCUUUUGCGUUCGACUAUGGGAUGCCGCUCACCAGCGACGGUACGCCUACAUCGAUGACAGCGAUCAGCCAGUUGAGCUUCUGGGAUCACUUCUGGGUACCGGGCGAGUCAUGGCCCGUGGAUGAUCCACUAUCCACUGGUGGUCAGCAGCAGCGCGAUCCUCAAUCGGGGAUGCCAAACAGGCCGAGUGGCACUAUUGUGCCGGAUAAAGACGCGUCAUUGGGGUAUGAUAGAUCACCUCCGCUACCGUUCGACCCGUCAACAUCUCUCGCUUUCGUGCCCGGGAAGGGCGCGAUUCGGAGCGAUUACGAUUUGGCCAUGCAGCGUCACGAUGACUUGUUGUACGUUUCGCACGACACGCUCCACGCUUCCGGCGCGGGAGAACAAGCGCUUAAAGAUAGGCCGACUUCUCCCGAUAUCCAGGCUACGAUUCAUGUACCUGGAAAACCCUCCACCGUCGUCAGUUCCCGUCAAUAUCCCAUUCUCAAGCAGCUCUACGGUCCGCCCUGA